UAAGAAGACCAACAUUUCCGUGAACUACAACUGUAAAGUCCAGCUGCAUUCACAUUUCUCACCUCUUUCUGUUUCUGUCACUUUCUUGGUGGCCCAUUUCACAUCCAUUUUUUUCAUUUUAAAUCACAAAUUACUUUCCAUUUCUAUGAUAAAUCUUGCUCUUAAAAAGGGUAUUUUUUUAAUUUUAUUUUUCUUAAAUCAUUUAUAUUCUUUUGAGUGAGAUUUAAGCAGGAUUUAAGAUAUCCAAAAUGGGAAAUUUGAGGUUAUUGUUUAAUAAACCCAUGAAAAUUUUCUGGGUUUUGGGUGUUGUUUUUGUAUUAAUUUCAAGGAAAAGAGUUGAUUGUUUUGAAGGAUUAAAUGUGACAGAGAUUGUUUAUGAUGAGCAGAAAAAUGGGUGGUCUAAUAGACCUCUGUUGGUGGGUCUCACUCUAAUUUCUUCUGCUGCUGCUAAAGGAGCUGUCUGCUUGGAUGGAUCAUUGCCGGGAUACCAUCUCCACCGUGGAUUUGGAUCAGGGGCAAACAGUUGGCUUGUUCAACUUGAGGGGGGAGGAUGGUGUGAUACAAUAAGAAAUUGUGUGUAUAGAAAGAAAACACGUCAUGGUUCCUCAAAGUAUAUGGAGAAGUUCAUACCGUUUUCAGGAUUACUCAGCAAUAAGCGUUCCGAGAAUCCUGAUUUUUACAAUUGGAACCGAGUAAAAAUUCGCUAUUGUGAUGGUGGCUCAUUCAGUGGGGAUAGCCAGCAUAAGGGAGCACAAUUGUACUUUAGAGGACAGCGUAUAUAUUCAGCGGCUAUGGAGGAGCUAAAGUCACUUGGGAUGAGGCACGCAAAUCAGGCUCUUCUCUCUGGAUGUUCAGCUGGGGGUGUGGCGUCGGUACUGCAUUGUGAUGAAUUCCGAGCAUUAUUCCCAGGGCAUACAAGAGUAAAGUGUCUGAGUGAUGCAGGGUUAUUCCUUGAUGCAGUUGAUGUGGCCGGUCAACGCACUAUGAGAAAAUUAUUUGGGAAUGUUGUUCGCUUGCAGGCUGUGGGUCCACACCUUCCUCGCAGUUGUACUAGCCGCCUUAAUCCUAUCAUGUGUUUCUUCCCUCACCGUUUAAUAGCAGAUGUUAAGACACCAUUAUUUCUCGUCAAUGCAGCAUAUGACUCGUGGCAGAUUCAGGCAAGUUUAGCUCCUGCGUCUGCUGAUCCUCACGGAAACUGGUAUGGAUGCAAGUUGAAUAAUGCACACUGUAGUGCUCCACAAAUCCGAUUUCUCCAAGGUUUUAGAGGACAGAUGCUUGGUGCAAUUAGGCGCUUUGGUAAGUUCAGAAAGAACGGGUAUUUCAUCAACUCAUGCUUUUCUCAUGGCCAGACUGAGAGACAGGAUACGUGGUUUGCCGCUGGCUCACCUCACAUUGGAAAUAAAGGGAUCGCACAGUCGGUUGGCAACUGGUAUUUUGAUCGAGCAGAGACAAAAAUCAUUGAUUGUCCCUACCCUUGUGACAAAACUUGUCACAAUUUGGUUUUUGCACAUCUUUAAAAGCUUAUUUAAUUUUAUUAUUCACACACCCACCACGCCCAACCCCAACACCACCCAAACAAAAAAAGUAUACAAUACGGUUGCACAUCAUCUCAUAGUUUUUAUAGAGAGCAUAGAUAGAAUAUACUUCAUAGUAUCUAUCAAUAAAGUCUUUCUUUGGCUAUCAAAAAUCACUAUUGAUUUGCUCGAGAUGUAAUCGAAGAAUUUAUAGCUGAGAUUGAAGCUUAUAACAUUUGUGCUUGAGUUAAGCCCAAGUUUUGUGUGGGAAGUUUCAGUGUUAACCAUGGCUCAUGAAUCACACUGUUGCGUACUUAUACAAACAUAGGCUUGGAGCUCAGAGGUGUAAAGGUGGAGGCUAAGCGUUAGUCCUCGGAGAAAGACGAAAAGCAGUGAAAUAGUAUAUUGGAAUAGAGUAUAAUGUUGUAUACUUGUAUGCACGGCUGUGCAAGGAUUAAGAAUAGCAGCUGAGUUUCCAGAGCGAUGCAUAGGCGGCUUUUAUCAUGAUAUAUGUUGUUUCCGUUCAUUUAAAUGUCUGUCUAAGUACAAUUUAAGACAAUAAUACUUAAUAUAAAUUUAAGUGUAAUACAUUAUCAUUUUUGGUUA